CUUUUGGGCUCAGCUUAUUAAAAGGAAACCAACGAUCCAUUAAAGAUUAGGUGAGACUGCGUCUUGCAUUUUCCCUUUUAGCCCAUUUGAUCUGUCAAGCAGUUAUAAAGAAAUAUCUUUUUAAAUAUGUUUGUAAAUGAUUUCAAUAAGCGCCCUCUUCUCGGUCACCUUGCAAUGGAAAGUGAAAAUGCUUCACAGAGAUCAUCUUGGGUGUGAACGCAAUAGUGGAUCGUGUCAUUAUUCAAGUCACCAAGCUACAUGCAGCAGCAGCUGUUUUAUUAACACCAACUACAGACCACAGACGAUCGCCACGCAAACCAUGUACAGGAGUUUAGACCUACUGUGGCUAGGGAUGGGUUCGAAUGAAGCAACAAAACUAGAGAAGUGUUAUGACCCCCGUGACCCCACGCUUAAAUUUGUCGACAGAGAGGAUGAUUUGGAUUUUUUGUAUGAAGGUUUCUCUUCUAGAAGAGCUCAGAUGUCCUGUGGUCAUGCUGUGACUCCAACGUCUCUCACCAACUGGUGCAUGAAAUUGCUGAAAGAGGGUGAAAGUAGAUUUGUUUGUGGCCAGUUUGGUUGCAAUGCAGAGUGGUCUUAUGCAGAGGUUUGUAAGAUGGCUCUUCUAACUGCUGAAGAAAAGGAGUACUUUGAAAAAACCAUGGCUCUCAAUGCUGUUGAAACCACAUCAUGUCCAAGAUGCAAAUCCUCUGUGGUUAAACACAAUAAAUUUAAUCUGAGGGUUCACUGCAGCGUUUGCAGAACAAAGACAGGACGGAUCUAUGCAUUCUGCUGGCAGUGUAGGAGGAAAUGGAAGGGACGACAGACACGGUCAGAUCACUGUGAAAAUGAUGGCUGCAGCAACCCGUCACUGCAAACACUGAGAUCCUGCCCAGACAUCACCUUUGAGUCAGUGAAGGGUGUCACUGGGUGUCCCUCCAUCCGGGCCUGUCCCACCUGUGGCUGUCUGCUGGAGCACCGCAAAACACUCUGUAAACACCUCUGCUGUCCUCGAUGUAAGGUGAAGUUCUGUUUUGUGUGUCUGAAGAUCUAUACUAAAUGUAUGAAAACAAGUGACAUUUAUGGACUAUGCUCCACUGGUGUUGCCCCAAGACAGACCUCUAUACCUGUGUGGCAUAGGAAAUAGUGUAAACAAUACAGGACAUUAUUUAGUCAUUCAUCAGGAUGACUGACAGAACAUAAAUGCCAUCUUUCAGAUAUAUUUCUUAAAACAUUUGGCAAAUAACUACUCAUAUAUUCGUUUAAUAUGGAGUAACCUAAAAUGACUGUUGUAAACACAUCUGCUGCCCUCGAUGUAAGGUGGAGUUCUGUCUUGUGUGUCUAAAGAUCAGUUUCAGCUGUACAGCAAAGUCCAUUUAUGGAUCAUGCCCCAAUGGUAAUGCCCCAGGUAGACCUCUAUACCUGUGUGGCGUAGGAAAUAGUGUAAACAAUACGGACCAUGUGUUGCAAUUUAUUUAGAACAGAUUGGCUUUCAUAAUUCUUACAAACCAUGCUGUAAUUUUUAUCUUGGAUUUUGAUCAACAUAAAUAAUAAACAUGUAUUUUAAAAAAAAUCAUAUGUUUCUUCAGCACCAUGGACAGCACUACAGAUAUACCAAUAGCCAGUCAAGAGAACGUAAACGUGUUCAUUGCUAUUCAAAUAGAUUCAUUCCAUUUCAAUCAAAUCAUUAUCCAACUUCUAAUUUUAUCUUAGUUCUAUUAAUCAAAUUCAAUUCAGCUUAACUGUAUAGCAUCACUAUUUCAUUAUUAUUUGCAACUUGCUUGCAUAUUUGUCCGUUUUUAUUCUUUAUUGUUUUGGUUUUAUUUAAGUCGGAAUCGUUUGAUUCUACUCAUAAUUGUAGUUUGAGUUCCUAUUCUCUUUUGCUCUGUAAAGCACUUUGGGUUGCUCUUAUACAUUUGAUAAAGUGCUAUAUAACUAUAGUUUAAUAAGGGCUGAAUACCGUUAUGAAACUUAAAUCUGUGUUUGCUGCAUGAAUGACAGAAGGUGACAACAAAUGCUACAAAUGUAUUUUCCAAUAGAACCUAAAUUAUACAAGGCUAAUCAGUGUGAAAUAUGAGGGGACAUGGGACUGGGGUUAAGGUGUGAGAGUUUCAUGGGUUAACCUCAGUUACCUUCAAAGAUAAAGCUACACAAGACAACGCAGCUAUGGGACCAUCUGGACUGAUGUUGAUUGGUCAAUCAUGAGUCUUUCUGUUUGUUUAUUCUGCAAUGAUAUUCUGCAGUCUGCAUAUGUGUAGAGGACAUGAACCCAUAUAUAUAUAUAUAUAUAUAUAUAUAUAUAUAUAUAUAUAUAUAUAUAUAUAUAUAUGCAAUCUGCAUUCCCUUUGAGAAAGGGAGGCAGGCAGCGGCAGAUAUGUUUGGGUUUCACUCGAUAACCCAAGUAGAAAUAAAUAAUGUCAGCGAUUGAAUAUAAGGUGUAGGUGAAAACCCUGAUCACCAGAAACAUGGAGAGGCACACCCCCCACAACCACACAUGCCAGAUCAGGAAGAGGGACUAUAACAAAUUGUGCUGCAUUUGGGGACAAUGUGCCACUUUUUAUUUAAUAUACUCUAUAUGUUCCUGGCUCGUUAGUUCACCUGGUUUGAUUACUCAUUCAUUUCACCUCCUCCUUAUUACUCCCUCUGUGUAUUUAUACCCCAUGGUUUUCAGUUGUCUUUGUCAGAUGUAUUAUGGUUUAUCCCUGUUGUGUGUGGUUUUCUGUUCCUGAGUUCUGGAAAUAAAGCAUUCACCUGCA